UCUCCCCUUCAGCAUGCAUGUCUCUUUACUGCUGCUAGCGCGACAGGCCAGACUGGUCGAUCAAGGCUGAGACAGCGACCUUCGUACAGAUCAACAUCCGGAUCAUCACUACCAUCACCACGACGACUAUCCUCAGUCGCAUUCAUAUUCACACCAGCAUUACGCCGACUACAAAGACGCCGAAAUGUCGUACCACCCGCACCAUACGAGCGCGACCUAUGUGCCCGGUAUGGACGACUACUAUAUGCCGACAAGUCCAGCACUCGUCGCACCUGCCCCCCAAAGACACAUGCCCGAGAUGAGCGACCAGAUCCAAGAAGGAAUCGCAAACAUGCAGUUAUCCGACACUGCCCAACACGAGGCUGCCGCCUUCCCCCAAGUCCCAUACCGCGGCCGCCAUAUUCCCCAAACCGAUGCCGAGUUCGAAUCUGUCCUGGAAGCUGCAAGAGUUACCGUCUUGAACUCGAAUGACCCGGACAUGCAACUGGCAUGGGCCCAGGAUGCUUUGCAAUAUGUCACCAUCUGUCUGGAAAACGAGGACCGACUGCUACAGACACAAUCCCCGCGACCAGCACAGCCACCAGUCGAGCGUCAGAUCAUGGUAGAUGCCAUUAAUAUUGUCACCUUCCUUGCCGAUCAACACCACCCGAAGGCUGAGUUUAUGCGCGGCAUCUGGCACGAGUUUGGUCGCUUUGGUUCUCCCCACGACAAGCGUGAAGCCUUCCGCUGUUAUGCAAGAGCCGCCGAUCGAGGUUACGCCCGCGCCUGUUAUCGUCUCGGCAUGUUGUACGAGAAUGCGAACGAUGAAGAAAGAGCUUUGGACAACUACAGACGUGGUGUGAAUGCUCAAGACAGCGCUUCUCUAUACCGUCUGGGUAUGAUUACUUUGCGCGGACAAUACAACCAACCAAGGGACUAUGCUAUUGGUCUUGACCUGAUCAGGCGCUCUGCAGACUCAAUAGACGAAAAUGCACCUCAGGGUGCCUAUGUCUACGGUAUGCUGCUUGCUCGCCAGCUGCCACAGAUUAAGCUUCCUGAGGGUGUACUACCUUUUGACGAGCCGGAAGCCAGACGCUAUAUCGAGAACUCGGCUUUCUGCAGAUUCUCAAAGGCUCAGUUGAAGAUGGCAUCUGCUUAUGAGUUGGCUUCUCUUGGAUGCGAAUUUGAUCCUGCCCUUUCUCUUCAUUACAAUCGCCUUGCAGCACGACAAGGCGAACCCGAAGCUGAUAUGGCUAUCAGCAAGUGGUUCCUCGUUGGCCACGAGGGUCUCUUCCCUAAGCACGAAGAGCUCUCUUACAUCUACGCUAACAGAGCCGCUCACGCUGGCUUGUCAACUGCUGAAUUUGCUAUGGGUUACUUCAAUGAGCUUGGUAUCCAUGUUCCAAGAAAUAUCGAUCUUGCUCUGCAAUGGUACACCAAGGCUGCUUCCAACGGAAACAAGGAUGCUCAGGGUCGUAUUGAAAGCAUUUCCCACAAACAUCUUCUGUCAAAGAGGGAUCAUGAGAAUGUUGCUCUGAGCCGUAUCAAGUCGCAACACGGCUCCAUGCGAGGCCAACGACCUCCCAGAUUCCAACCUCAAGCACCGCGCAUUGAGUCUAUUGCUGAGGGACCACCUUCACCCCACCCGAAACGUUUGUCAUCUCUUGGUCCCCCUACCUCUAGUACUCCUGCGCCUUAUCCUCUUGACGAUCGACCUCCUACCGUGCCUCCUCCGCGAUCAACAUCAACGGCUCCCUAUCCACUAGAAGAUCUCACUCCGCGGAUCACUUCUUCUACACCAGCUCCAACGGGUGGUUUCCUAGAUAUGCGCCCAGCAACCACAACACCAAUGGGUCCUCGUCCUCGCGCUCACUCCGCCUUACCUCCCCACGUCCGUCCAGACUCCGCCGCCUCUGCACCUGGAGGAGGUCUCCGUCCCGUACCCGGAGGUAUGCGACCAACCGGCCAACGCGUAGCUUCAGGUCCCGUCCCUGGGCCUCGCCCUCAACCCGGCGCACUGAAUUCGCCUAACAUCCACCCUAUCAGCCACACAAAUUCCUCUCCUUUGCCGCCAGUCAACUCUCGCGUCGACAUCGGAUAUACCGCACCCCCAGAUGCACGGCCGCCUCCCAGUGUGGCAUACAGCGGAUACACCAACAGUUCUGCCACCACCCCUCGCCCCCAACGGACACCACGACCCCAACAAUCGAACAGCAGUUCUAGCCUCGCCCACCCUCCUCCACGAGCGGAUUCUGCAACCCCUUCGGCUGCCAGGCCGAGUCCGGGGCCUUCUGUGGAUUCAAGCGGUAGUGGGAUCGCGACGCCGCCGCCAACGACCACGACGCCCAAACCUGCACCGCUUAAACCUGUCAAGACGGGGCCAAAAACAUUCGAGGAGAUGGGCGUGCCGAAGCAUACCAAGGAGCAGGAGUGUGUCAUGAUGUGA